ACACAACUGCGUGAUCUGUGCCCGUGAAGUUGAAUUGAAAGAAAGCCAUAAAUUUUUACGUGCCAAAGCUAGAGCAGAAUUACAUAUGUACCUACUUCCGAACGGUGCAAAUCCUCCUGAUGCGUAAUUCGAGAAGAAUUACUUCUGAAGCGUGACGUUUUCAUCGGAAAAUGGGAUAUUCUUUCCAAAAUAGAUGCGUUCAACGACGCUUUCCGCUGAGAUUAUUGGCAACCGGAUCCGGGUCAAGCAGGACGGAUCUUGGCUGGCAAAAAUCCAACAUGUUAUGUCGAAAAUCGAUUCAAUCCCGUGGAAUAGGGUGAAAAUUGUGGCGUUUUCCGGCAACUUAGAAACCAGUACCAACCCGGGACGUGAAAUGAUUGGUUUCGACCCUGGUAUAUGCGAACCAUUCCUGAUAGAUCGCUGAAGCCUGACCUCUUUAGGAAGGAGCACAUUCAUGAACUGCUGUCGGUGGUUGUGCCCGAGAUUUGCAGCGCUAGAAAAUCACGAAGAGCUUGUCAACUCUCCAGGUCUAAACCGCGAGCAAAGCAUUGAAAAUAUGCGACUACUAUCGUUCAAGCAGCUGGCUCAAAGAAGAAGGGCCUUAAGGUCCAAGCAGCUGUACCCUGAGGACGGAUUAUGUGUGAUAUAUGACUCGACCAGUAUGCAUAGCGUGCCAUAUUCGUUGCUCUGGAAUUGACCGUCUUUGAUGGAGCCAGUACUGUAACCCGGAAGCUGUUCUACCCGGAGCAGUUGAUCACUAGCAACGAAGAUGUCUCUAAAAAUUUUGCCAA